CAACCGUUCCUAAAUUUCUUAAUCUAUCAUUCAAAGUUCCGACAUCACAGGUUUGAUCGCGCUCGUCUGCGAAGCCGCCUAGCAGAAUAACGAAUGACCCUUUUGAUGAAGGGCGAGUAUAUCUUCGAAAUGGCUGCUUGACGGGAGAAGAGAGAUUUAAUUUAGUUGUGGUGUUGUUAAAGUGAAACGAAAUGACGAUGAGAAUGCAGGCUGGGUUUAUUUGGCGUCGACUUUCUCUGGCGCUUAAGCAAUAUGAAUCAAUCUCUUCAACAUCACAUCCAAAUUUUCAGCUUCGAGGCUCAGUCUUACAGUCCUCAAUCCCUGCCAUUCUUCGCUCUUACACUACCGAAAUACUACCCCAAAUGUCUACGGCCCUCCUAAACAUAAUGGAACAAAGACUGUCGGCCAUUGAACACAGGACUGCUUGUCUUCAGAAUUUUCUUAAUCAGCCAGAAGCAUCACCAACGGAGUAUGCCAGAGCUAAUAAGGAACUUCGGAAGUUAAGUGGUUCCAUGGCCAUUAUUAAUGAAUUGAGAGCCAAACAGAAGGAAAUAGAGAGCUUAAAGUCAUUAUUGGCUGAAUCUUCUGAAGAUAAAGAGAUGGUUAAGAUGGCAACAGAAGAACUGGGCCAGGCCCUGGAAGAAGAAACAAGACUGCAAGAGUUGGUACUGAAGUCAUUACUUCCCAAAGAUGAUGCUGAUGAAAGGGACUGUAUUUUGGAGGUGAGAGCAGGUACUGGUGGAGAGGAAGCUUCCUUAUUUGCAAUGGACAUCUUUAAAAUGUAUGAAAAGUAUGCUCACAAAAAUGGUUGGAGGUUUGAAGUAGUAGAUGUAGCUCAAUCUGAUCUAAAAGGAUACAAGGAGGCUAGUGCUGCAAUUGCAGGAGCUGGUGUUUUUGGGAAACUUAAAUUUGAGAGUGGAAUUCACAGAGUGCAGCGUGUUCCUGUGACAGAAAAGUCAGGACGUGUUCACACAAGUGCUGUUUCUGUCGCCAUUCUCCCUCAAGCUGAUGAGGUUGACGUUCAGUUGAAGAAUGAAGACUUGAGAAUUGAUACCUAUAGAUCUGGUGGUUCGGGUGGUCAGCAUGCAAAUACAACCAAUAGUGCUGUUAGAGUAACUCACAUUCCGACUGGGAUGGUGGUGGCAAUACAAGAUGAGCGUUCCCAACAUAUGAACAAAGCCAAAGCAUUGAAGGUACUGUGUGCGAGGCUAUAUGAAUUAGAAAGGUCCAAACUUCAAAGCAGUCGAUUGAAAAUUCGAUCUGAGCAGAUUGGUAGUGGGGACAGGUCUGAACGCAUCCGAACAUACAAUUUUCCUCAAGGCCGUGUGACUGAUCAUAGAGUCGGCAUUACUCACCACUCCAUAGAUGAUGUGAUGCAAGGUGAGAAUUUGGAUGUCUUUGUUGAUGCUCUUUUAUUGCAGCAAGAAAUGGAUGCUAUUGCGUCUUUUAGUUCUUCUCAGUAAUGCUGCUUGCGGAAUCAGUUAUUUCCUGAUGAGAUUGUUUUGAAUUUAUGGACCCUGUUCAAAUUUAUUACUUCUAAUGUGCAAUGAAGACGAUUCGAAAUGUAAACGGGAAACAAAGAACAGGGCAGCUUUGGAUGUAGAAACUGAGUUCGAAUCCUCUAUAUUUACAAAAUGAGUGCAACAUAGUUUUCUUCAA